AGUUCCGGUUCCGCUCUGCAAGUGAGAAGUUUUUGGCCACGUCAGCUUUCCAGGUUUUUAAUGCAUUUGUUGUAAUAAAUUGCAGUUAUUUAACGACGUAAACCAAGGGAAAAGACAGAAGAUGGUGUUACUUACGAUGAUCGCGAGAGUGGCAGAUGGGCUGCCCUUGUGUGCCUCAAUCCAAGAAGACGAACAGACAGGAAGAAAUAUGCUUGAAUAUCAGAACCAAGCCAAAAUGCUAUUCCGAAAAAUAAAUGAACAGUCACCAAUUCGCUGCAGUAUUGAAACGGGUCCAUAUGUAUUUCAUUACGUGAUGAACGCGGGUGUCUGCUUUCUGGUACUGUGUGACCAGAAUUUUUCCAAGCGUGUCGCAUUCUCUUACCUGGAAGACCUACGGAAUGAGUUUGACCAGCAGCAUGGCAGCAAAGUACAAAGUGUGGCGAGGCCCUACAGCUUCAUAGAAUUCGAUACAUACAUUCAGAAGGCGAAAAAGAAUUUCACGGACUCACGAGCACGGCGGAACCUGGUGAACAUCAACACAGAACUGCAGGAUGUUCAGAGAAUCAUGGUGCAGAAUAUAGAUGAUGUGUUACAGAGGGGUGAAGCCCUGUCAGUAUUGGAUGAUAAAGCCAGCAACUUGUCAACGAUGUCACAAAAGUACAAGAAAGAUGCAAGAUAUCUGAACCUGAGAUCGUCAUAUGCCAAAAUUGGUGCAGUGGUUCUUGUUGUUGUUUUGUUCAUGUUAUUUGUGAGGUAUUGGUUAUUCUAGGAUGUAACAGUCAUGGGCCUCAGGUGUUAUGAUGUAUAACAAUCAAGUAUAUUGAAACAAACGUAGAGAUUGCAUAAAUGUCGGCAUUUGCAUAUGACCCGACAAAAGCUGUGAAGUGUCACACGUGCAGGUGGUUAAGCUAAAUCAACAGUAUGACCAUGGCUUAUCAUAAACCACAUACAGAAGCCAAAAUUGAAGUAUUUAAAUUUAUCGAAUGUGGUAAUGUCACGUUAUUGGUACAGGUAAUUUCUUAAGGGUGUCUUUUUGUCUGUUCUUUUUGGAAGCCUCUCGGGAUGCUUUUAUGGAAAUAUUUCCGUUUCUACCCAUAGAAAGAAGGAUAUAGCAAUAUGUAGUUAUAUACACAUUGAUCAUAUAGGUAAUGAAUGUAAGGAGUUUGUUGUUCAGCUUACGCCUACACUGUUGCUGAUAUUUAGACAGGGUUAUAAUCAAUGUUGCAGCAUUGAUUUCACAUAAAGUUAUGGCAUUCCAGUUGCAGGCUUCUUUUAUCAUUUUAUUAAUAAGGGGGAUGGAGGUCUAUUAGAGGAUGUUUGGAAUAUUAAAGCCGCACUAUGCGCAUCCAAACGAUAAUUUCUCCAUACUAGACUAGCAAAUACUUCGUGUCAUGCAUA